AAUCCAAGUCAGAGCCCCCGGCCUCCAUCUCCAUUCCUGCGCGCGUCGGCCACCUCCCUCCGGCGGAGCUCGACCCCACCCCCCAAGCGCCGCUGCUCCACCCUCACCCGCGAGGGUCUCUGCUGCCAGCGCGCGCACAACCUCAGUCCCCUGUUGCUCUCCCUGCUGCCCGCCUCCCUCUCGCCCCGGCUCCCUGCUCCGCCUCGACCGGCCAGCGCGCCGCCAUGACCGGCCAGCCCAAGCUCGCGUCGCCCGCUUCGCUCGCCGGAUCUGGCCGCCUCUCUCUCUUCCCCUACUCUAUUUGUCAUGAUUUCUCUAUCUGAAUCUCUCUCUCUCUCUGGCUUCUACUACGUCGCCCAGUCCGGCGUCGGCGCGCGGGGACGCGCCUUCUGGCGCACAUCCAUCGGCCACAUCCUCUGCACACCCUGAAGACGGGCUGCGUCGACCUCAUCCCCGCACCCCAGGAGGUCGAGGACCGCAAGGACCUGGAGAUCGGCGAGAUGGAGGGCAAGCGUCGCCUGCGUCAAUCGGCGAGAUGGAGAUCGACUACACCACGACGGCGACGGGCCGACGCUGGUGAACUUGGAGCGCAGGUGCGGAUCAAGCUCGUGGCGGCCAAGGGCAUGCCAUACCUGCACGAGGACUGUCAUCCUAAGGUCAUCCAUCGCGACAUCAAGGCGGCCAACAUCCUUCUCGAUGACAACUUUGAGCCCAAGUUGCCAACUUUGGGCUGGUCAAGAUCCAGCACGGAGAUGACAACCAUGUUUCUACCCGGGUGAUGGGGACUUUUGGGUACAUGGUGCCGGAGUACACCAACACCGGGAAAAUAACCGACCGGUCCGACGUCUUCUCCUUCGGCCUCGUGCUUCUGGAGAUCAUCACCGGCAAGAGACCGGUCCUGGCCGACGAGCCCAACGGGGACGACGAGACUCUGGUCUCUUGGACUCGAAGGAGACCAUAUGCAAGGCACCUCCUCUUCGGUCGUGAGAGUGUCCAGGGGUCGUGGGUGCGGCUAAUGCCUAUGUCUGUGGCCGCACUUGACACUGCCCUCUCUUUAAGGGCACAUAUCAUUUUUUACAACUCUGCUAUCUUUUCCCAAGUCUUUAUUAUCUUGCCUAGCCUUGUACUGAUAUGUAUUAUUUGAUGCUAAUUACCCAAGUUAGUGCAUGACGUUAAGGAUAACCUGAGAACACUUGCCUAAGUUUAUAAGAUAUGACAUGUGACAGACUGACAGUCCAAGCCUGCUGCUCUUUCAA